CUCAUUCACGUGAUGAAUUUCACUACAGAUGCUGAAACAGCUGAACUGCGCUAUACCGUGCAGGUGAUUGCCACUGUGACCUUCAGUUUAAUUUUCCUACUGGGCAUGAUGGGAAAUGGCACCGUCAUCUGGAUCACCGGAUGCCGACUGCAAAGAACUAUCAACACUGUCUGGUUUUUCAACCUGGCCUUGGCUGAUUUUAUCUCGACCUGUUUGGUCUUGGUUACCGUUCUUUAUUUAUUAUUGGACCUGCACUGGCCCUUUGGGCCUGUCCUGUGCAAGCUUGUCAACUGCAUCUUUGGCCUCAGCAUCUAUGCCAGCAUCCUUCUACUGAGCGCUAUCAGCAUCGAUCGAUGCGUCCUUGUUCUUUUCCCAGUCUGGUGUCAAAAUUACCGCAAUCCAAGACUGGUGAUGACAACGUGCGUGGUGAUUUGGAUCAUUUCCAUUGCCCUGGUUCCUGGAUCUUAUACCCUUUCGGAGAUGUCUACAGAAAGUAACAGGAGCUCUUGCAAGAACUUGGAUGUUUUCGAGGACUGGGAAAAAAGGGAAGCGGCUAUAUUCACCGUUUGCAUUUUUCUCUACCAGUUUUUAGUUCCGUUGUGUGUUAUUCUUAUUUCUUACGCAAUUCUUUUAAUAACUCUACGCAGGAAAAAGCUAAACCGUUCCAGCAAGCCCUUUUUGGUGGUCACCGGGGUGGUCUUCUCGUUUUUUUUAUGUUGGCUCCCUUAUCAUGCCCUGGCACUGGCCCGAGUAUUUCUAGGUGGCCUACCACUGCUGGUCAGCCUGGUGGCUGUACCGUUGUCCAAAUGUUUAGCUAUGUUCAAUAGCUGUAUCAACCCUAUACUCUAUGUUUUCAUCGGUCGAGAGUUCAAGGACAUGGUAAAGAAAUCAAUUACUCAAGUUUUCAAAACAGUGUUUGAGGAAAUGCCGCACUAACAAGCCUUGAUGUGUUUCCUUUAUGGACAGAACUGGAAGCGGAAGAGAACCAUUACACAUGCCAUACUUCAACCA